GAUCGUCAAUCAAUGUCACGAACUUUUCUGGUGGUGUCCACACUCAGUAGGACUUUAUGUCGACGUGAAACAGACCAUGAACCAGCUGGAGCUCAGAAAGAGUAUCUGAUGGAACAGAGGAUCUUAUUGCAUUGUUCAUCCCAGUGUUCGAGAAACCACUCAGCCCAUAUGUAUCCUUGUAUCCUUAGGGGUAGUGAAAUGAUUGAAACAGAACCAAUCUAUUCCACUAUCAUGUGGACACUUUUGGCUGUGCUUUUGAUGGUGGCAGAGGAUCACUUACUGUAUAUCACAGAUGUAAUUUUCUUUCUUGUUUUGCCAGGAGAAACUGUAUUGUACUGUACCUACAGUAACAUCAUUGUAUUUGCUUCUGAUUUAGCAGCCAUAUGUUUUCUCUGCUCUACAAGACAGAAGCAAUCAGCUGUUUCCCCUCCCCUCCUCCUUUUGUCAACCUGUUCCAACAAGUUUAGCUCAGUCUACAGUUACUGACGUUUUAUUUGAACAAGUAGGAUUAGUCCUACUUGUUAACAUAAAUGCCAUUUUGUUUAUAAAUAGUAGUUGUUUAUUGUGGCAGAAUUAAUUGAAUAGACUUUAGUUUGGCGUGAAAGCUGAUUGUGAUUUACAGAUUCUCAGUUUUCAGGCAUUCUGGAGUUGUGAAAGUCUUGCUACAGCACAGUACAAUUGGUUCUGGUGCUACAGUAGAAGUAACACAUCAAGAUAAUACAAGAUAAGUAAUGGCUCCCCUAGAUUAGGUCUUUGUACAAAGCAACAAUGUUUUCUCACCCCUUGUUUCACCCAAGUGGUAUGUUCUUCCUGUAGGGGGUGGGGAGACUGAAGUGGGACGUUUGUUGAAGAGGAACCAUAUGGUUUUCAGCAUGAAUGAGAUCUACUCGGCUAUGCUAUGCCUGCUUGAAAUCUUUUUGGGGAUUUAAGGAACCUUUUACUGGAGUUUUGACGUCCAUCAGAGAAGUAAGCUUCAAUGUCCUGGAUUAUUUAAUGAGUGGUCGGAUUGAAUAUCAGCAACUACUUGGGAAAAAUGAACUGGAGGCUAAAGAAGCUUGUGAUUGGCUGCGGGCAGCUGGAUUUCCGCAAUACGCUCAGCUGUACGAAGCCUCACGUCUGCCCUUAGACAUCUCUUCUGUGAAAAAGGAUCAUGCGUUUUUGGACCAGGAUUCACUGAAGUCACUAUGCAGGAGGCUGUCAACGCUAAACAAGUGUGCCUCUAUGAGGCUGGAAGUCCAUUUUAAGUGCAAACAGAGCGAAGACUCUGAAGAGGAUGACCUCUGUGCCAUCAGUGACCGCUGGGCCUUUCAGCGCGAGAGUAAAACCUGGUCCAGGCUACGGACCCUCUCGCCCCACGUCGCCCCCGGUGGCGUGGAGGACCUGUCGCCCCGCAGGCCCAUGUGGGCGUCCGCCAGCAGCGAGAGCCUCCUGAGUGACUUCAGCAACCUGGAUGUGACAUCUGAGGAUGUGACAUCAGAGCACAGCAGCGGCAGCAGCCUGAGUGUGGAGAGCUCCAGGGGCUCCGUACCCAGCAGGAGAGACCCAGCACAGACCUCCCCAACCCCAGAACCCUCCACCCUCUCCUCCUGGGACCCCCACACCCGCAGUGGAGCCACCAAGGGCAGGGACGAAAAGCCUGCUUCCCCCAAAGACCCGGUUUCCACGAGCAGAGAGAAGCCGAAGAAGUGUUCGAAGACCUUCCUGAGGAAGAUUGAGUCGUUUAAGAGGAAGGAUAGAGAAAAGGAUGCAGCCAGAGUGACACAUGACCAAAACGCUCCUCCCAGCCUGCAGUGCACUCCCAAUGAAAGCCUCCCUGGUUUGAAAAAGCGCAGCACCAACAGAAUCUGGGUCAACCACAGCAGGAAAGCCCACACAAUCUGUCGAUCGACAGCCCAGAGGUCUCCUGUAGAGGACAGGGAGAAGGCCAAGAGCACCUGGCUGUAUCUGGAGGACUAUGACGUUGGAGGCAAGCCUACCAAGCAGGCGGGUAAGAAAAGUCCACACAGAAAUGGCCUGGAGGAUUGUCUGGUUCACCUGCCCACCGACCACAAGCCAGGAACCUUCCCCAGGUCCCUCUCCAUCGAAAGCUUGUGUCCCACGUCUACCUCCAGGGAGCUGGGCGACUGGCAGGCGGAGGACCCCAACCUCUCCAUGGGCAGCAGUCAAGGCUCCCAGGACUGCUCCCUGUUCCCCAGGAGGAGAGACUCCUGCGGCUCCGUGGGGAGUGUCUACGACAACGUCCCAAAGGCUAGCGGGAAUUCGGACGAGCUGUUUGGCAGCGGCGGACAGACGGUGUUCGAACACCUGGACGAGAUCCUGCAGCACGUCCACGGGCUUCAGCAGAACGUGGACCAGUGGUCCAAGAAGGUGUGUGAGGAGCUCAGCCACAGCCACGAGGAAGAAGACGUCGACGACGCCAGAGAAACAACCGUUUCCUCCGGGCUCCAUUUUGAGGAGCAGGAAGAGCAGUCCAUGUCGGACGUAGGCACCACGGCGAGCGAUUACGACAGCACGGGAAACUCCCUGAAUGAGGUGGAAGACAUGGACGCGAGAGAGAGGAGGGACUCUGGUGUAGGAGCGUCGUUGACCAGACCCAGCAGGAAGCUGCGAUGGCACAGCUUCCAGAACUCUCACAGGCCCAGCCUGACCUCUGCAUCUCAGGAGAUAAACAGGCAGUCGGCCGCUCAGCUGAACCUCCUGCAGAAGUUCUCCCUCCUCCGUCUCACUGCCAUCAUGGAGAAGUACUGUGACGUCAACAAGCCCGGCUGGAGCUGGUCCAUCCCUAAGUUCAUGAAGAGGAGCAAGGCUCCUGAUUACAGGGACAAGCAGGUGUUUGGUGUCCCUCCCAUUGUCCACGUCCAGAGGAGUGGACAGCCGUUACCACAGAGCAUUCAGCAGGCCAUGCGCUACCUCCGCAGCCAGUGUCUGGGACAGGUUGGCAUUUUCCGCAAGUCAGGGGUGAAGUCCCGGAUCCAGACCCUGCGCCAGCUGAACGAGCACUCCCCAGACCAUGUGACCUACCAGGGCCAAUCAGCGUACGAUGUGGCCGACCUGCUGAAGCAGUACUUCAGAGACCUGCCUGAGCCCGUCCUCACCUCCAAGCUCACAGAAACCUUCCUGCAGAUCUACCAGUACGUCCCUAAGGAGCAGCGCCUGCAGGCGGCACAGGCUGCAGUGAUCCUGCUGCCAGACGAGAACCGCGAGGUGCUGCAGACCCUGCUGUACUUCCUCAGCGACAUCGCCUCCGCCCAGGAGAACCAGAUGACAGCUGGGAACCUGGCGGUGUGCCUCGCGCCGUCCAUCCUCCACCUUAACGUGUCCAAGAAGGAGGGCACCUCGCCCAGGUUAAUCAGCCGGCGAGGCGCAGGGGUCAAACCAGACCACAAGGACCUGAGUGAAAACAUGGCCGCCACUCAAGGACUCAGCCACAUGAUCGUGGAUUGCAAGAAAUUAUUCCAGAUCCCUCACGAGAUGAUGCUGCAGUCGCGUAACUCGUACAUAGCGGCUGACGCCCAGCCCCUCCCGCUGCACGGCCUGGGCCUCAACCUGCUGGGGGAGCCUGUGGACUACCGCGCCUACCUGGAGGACAACAUCCAGACACUGCUGAGGGAGGCCGCGGAGAAGAGCAGAGGCUGGCACAGUGCCCAAGGACCAGAAAACACAGAGCUCUCCUACAAGAAGGUGGGGCACGGCCAUCCAAUCAGAUUAUGGAGAGUCUCCACGGAGAUCGAGGCCCCGCCCCAGACGGUCCUACACCGAGUUCUGCGAGAGCGCCACCUGUGGGACGAUGACCUGCUGCACAGCCGCGUGGUGGAGGAGCUGGGGAACAACACGGAGGUGUACCACUACGUCACGGACAGCAUGGCACCGCUCCCCCGCAAGGACUUUGUGGUGCUGAGGAGGUGGUGCUCCGACCUUCCCAAAGGCCUGUGUCUUCUGGUGUCGUCGUCAGUCGACCACGAGGACGUGCACCUGGACUGCGGCCUGCGGGCCGUCCUCCUCACCUCCCGCAUCCUGAUAGAGCCCCUGGGGAGGGGACGCUCCCGCCUCACUCACUACUGCAGGACUGACCUCAGAGGGCGAUCACCCGAGUGGUACAACAAAGUGUUUGGACACCUUUGUGCCGUGGAUGUUGCUAGGAUACGAGGAUCCUUCCCUGUGCUCAUGGUCCAUGGAACGGAGACCAAGCUAUGAAACAAACACGUCUUCGUCAGGACUUCAUCUGCGGCCUGCUGCGUCUGUUAGCUCUGUCCUCAUCUUAAAGGGAUUGUUGGACUAUCGCUCAGAGUGCACAGACGCAGUGUGGUGGGUCUCUGGACUAUCGCUCAGAGUGCACAGACGCAGUGUGGAGGGUCUCUGGACUAUCGCUCAGAGUGCACAGACGCAGUGUGGAGGGUCUCUGGACUAUCGCUCAGAGUGCACAGACGCAGUGUGGAGGGUCUCUGGUGAAAUGAUUGCAUUGGUCUCUGAUCUGAUUGCCUUCAUUAAAUCCAAAUCAAGAUGGAAAUAGAAAGCACUGAUUUAAAUUAUAUUAAGUACUGUGCCAAGUUGAGUGCUUUAAAUAGUAGUGAAUUAAAGUGCAUCAGAGAUUAUUUUUGUCCUCUAUGGAAAAUCCAUCCUCAGGAAAAGAAAACAAAUUCUAUACAGGAAUGUAAGGACAAUCGUUACAACAGCUUUACUUACUCUAUCUGCAUAUCGUUUCCCAUGUGAGUGCUGCUGUGAAAUCAUCAAGCCACUGAUUGUUUUGAGGUGAAACCUGCUUCCCUCAACUCAGGUGAGCGCAAAAGCAGUCCUGCCUCCUGUGCUGUCGGCUAUGCCUUUUCACUCCUGAUAAAUUCUCCAAUAAUAUGUUGUGCUCAUGCGACCAGGUGCAUUGCGUCCUUGAGAAUGGCACCUUAACAUGUCAUUUUCACAUCUAGAAUGUGUCUGAGGCCUUGGAGCGCGCAUGAUGCAGUCAUCAGGGUGUUUUUAGAGGUGCCGCGGUGGUCAUGUUUGUCUGAGUUCUCUGCUCCUGUUCUGCCCUGGUUUCGCUGUUUCUUUCCUCAAGUGUUCAACAUCAUCACUAUUGUCUGGACACCUUCAUUGUCUAGCUUUGUACUCCAUCUUUUUGUGACUCGUCUGUAAAGAACAUCUCUCCUAAUAACAAUCUCAAAUGGCUCAGUCAGUGAUGGCUGAGAGAUGAUUGGUCCCAAUCAGAUCUCCUUAGGGUGAUCAUCGUCAUCUGUUGUCAUAGGACGGGAUGAUAAAACACAAAGAUAUGGUGUAACAUAUAUAGGGGCAGCACUACUGUAUAUGCUUAUGCUUGUCAAAGCCUUAACCUUUCUGAAAGACACUUUUGCAGGCUCACUCACUUGUCUUUGCAAUAUUAGUAUUAUUGAUUUUCUGUUAUCAAUGUUUUAUUUAUGUCUGUGUGUGUCCUUAUGAUGUCUUUCAGUCAAGCAUUAUGUGCAGUAUGUGUGCAGUGGGAGGCAGUGCAAUGAUCAAAUGCUUUUCUGCUAGUGUUUUAUUCUGACUACGUGCUUUGUUACACAAAUGUCUCAUUCGCUUCUAUCUUACCACAGAAUAAUUACCACAGGGAACAAUUUUAGGUUGGAGAAAAAUAGAAAUAAACUCAAGUUGUAUAUAUUUUUUAUGGAUUGCAGUCUUAUUAUAACCUUUGUACUUACAGUUGAAAUGGACGUUUCUUUCUUGUUUAAGGUAUGUUUUUUCUUAAUGUACUACCUAUUUGUAUUAUGCUUCUCUCACCACACAGCAAAAUCAAUAAACUUUUUUUUUUUAUUAA